CACCCAAACAGUGCAGUAAAACGAAGAGCGAGCACGCUUCGCACAUUUCUUCAAAUUAUGGGUUCUUCUUAAUUUUUUUUUGUCCUAUCCAAUCCCUAAACCCCCUUUCAGCUUUUUCCUCUCCUCCAUCCUAGAGAGAGAAAACUGAGAAAUAUACAUACAUAAGACACACAGCUCAACGCAUACACAACCGCGGGAUUAUGAAAAAUAUUAGAAGAAUAGGGCAGUAGAAUUCCUGGGUCUGGUGUCGAUUGAAUCUCCAUCCAAUGAAAUAUAUGUAAAGCCGAUACGUAUUUACGAAUAGAAGGAACGAGGAAUAAAAACCCUAGGCAAAAUCCCGUUUAUCAGGUCUGAGAAUGUGCGUUGUUUCAGUGAGUACCGGUCCUGGAGCUACCACAGAUCGAUUUAUGGGACUUUGGUUAACUCCACCAACGCAUCAGCUAGAAGAAUAGAACUACAGGGCAUAACUAACCUGAUAUAUUUUGUUCCUUUACAAACAUCCCCAUGGAGCUAAAGGUUUCUUCGGAAAAGCCUGGAUUUUCAUCGUCUGAUUGCGGCAGUGAUCCUGAUGAGAAAGAAAUCAGUGAAGGUGAAGAUGAGGAUGAUGAUCGUAACCAUAAGCAUCGUCGACGCGAAGCACGUUCUCAAUCUCUGGAGGAGAAUUCUAUUGAUCAAGGUUUGGCAAGACCAUAUAGAAAAAGGAACAGGCCUUUUGAAAAUGGGUACUCUUACAGGGAAGGUGACCCUCAAUCAGGUGAAACCUGGAAAAAUUAUAAUAUUGCUACGGAGAGAGACUUCUCAAGGUUUGAGAAGAGACGUUCAUACCAGGCCUCAUAUUCUAGAGCUCCCCUGGAAUUAAACCAAAGAAUCAGGGUAAACCAAACACUGUCAGGUGAAGUUGGCCCUGUUAGAGGUAGAGGAAGGGAUCCUAUUUCCUGGGGCAUUCGAGAUUCCAGGCUUGGCUUGGUUGAUGUUGCAUCUCAAAUUGCUCAACCUGGACCUGUUCCUUCCGCCCUGUUUGGGAGAGGCUUGCCAAAUAUGUCUACUGCACCGAGCACAUCCUGGAAUGCAUUUGGAUUGGUUCCAGGAGUUCCUAAUGGUGGACUUGACUCACUUCACCCCCUAGGUUUGCAAGGGGCGUUAAGACCAGCUAUUAGUCCACCAAUGAGCAUUGGGAUUCCACGGCAAAGGUGUAGAGACUUUGAGGAACGUGGUUUUUGCCUUAGAGGAGACAUGUGCCCAAUGGAACAUGGUGUUAAUCGUAUUGUAAUCGAAGAUGUUCAGAGCCUUUCACAGUUCAAUCUCCCUGUUUCACUUCCUGGUUCACAGCUUAUGGGGACAUCUUCUGCACAAGGAGCUUUACCUGUAGUAAAUAGCAAAGCUUUUCCUUCAAAAAAUAGCAAGUCUGGAAUGACUGAGGAUGGGUUUUCCCUGAAUGGUGGUGUCAUGGGAGGUUCUGUGGUGGGGGCAUCUGAUGUGUAUGAUCCAGAUCAACCUUUAUGGACAAACGAUAACCCUGAAACAUCAGCAGCACUCCUAGCACUUAAUCAAUCGAAUGCUGAUGAAACAGAGGCUUUCCUGGAUAUGGACCCAUCUGAUCGGCAGAACAUUGAAUCAUAUGAAGGAUUUAAUGAUGAACGUCCACUUAGAAAUGCCUCAACUGCUGGAUCUCAGAGUUCAUCUGUUUGGGGUCGCAUAGGUAGUUCAAAACGUGGUUCCGGAGUAAAGGAAAAAAGUGAUUCUGUUGCACCACCCUCUAGUUAUCUUGAAAGGAACAUCAAUGGUGAGGAGGCUCGAAAGACAAGUCUUCCCAGUGUUCCAGAUCAAGGAAAGUGGACUAGUGCAGAUGGAAAUGGUCCAUUACUUAAGGAAUCAUCUCUGAAGCCACAUGGUGAUUCUGUUCGAAAUAUUCGAAAACCAUCUCAAAAGGCACUUCGCACUCUAUUUGUCAAUGGCAUUCCUUUGAAAGAUAACAAAAGGGAAGCUCUUCUUUCACAUUUUCAGAAAUUUGGUGAGGUCAUCGACAUUUAUAUUCCCAUGCACAGUGAACGGGCUUUUGUGCAAUUUUCAAAAAGGGAAGAAGCGGAAGCCGCAUUAAAGGCACCUGAUGCAGUAAUGGGCAAUCGAUUUAUCAAGCUUUGGUGGGCAAAUCGAGAUAAUAUUCCUGAUGAUGGGAUAAGUGGCACCAGUAAUGUCCCAAUUACUCCUCGUGGAGUGACAGUUAAGCCUGCUCUUCCACAUUCAUUUGUCCUUGAUAAAGGGAAAGAAACUCCUCAUCUGCCAGGUGGCAAAGAUGGUAAUGCUCAUGGCGCUGGUACUCAAGUUCCAGUCUAUGAACAUCCCAAGCCUAUGGUGGCUAAUGGUCCCAAAGCUCUUCCCCCACAACAAAAGAAAUUGGAGAGCUUAGAGCUUUUAAAGGAAGAACUUCGUAAGAAGCAGGAGAUGCUGGAACAGAAACGAAAUGAGUUUCGCCGCCAAUUAGACAAACUCGAAAAACAAGCUGUGGGCUCCAAGGACGUGACUGUAUCAGAUCUGACCACUAGAAGAUCUAAAGGUGAAAUACCACCUGAUCAUGCAAAAGCAGAAACUUCCAAGUCAUCACCAAGAGAUGCCAUAACCACUGGCAACGACACUUCUGCUGAGCAUGUUGUCCCACAUGCUUCCACUUCAAAUCCAAGUGCGCCUGUGCGGGAACCUUUGAAACCUUCACAUCGCCCGCUAGCAGCCGCUGGGCCACCUUUUACAGCAAACAGAUUCAAACUGGAUAAUCGGCCCACAGCUUUCAGAAUUCUUUCACCAUUGCCUGCUGGCCUUGCAAAUGUCGCUGCUUUGGAGGAGCACUUCUCUACCUAUGGUGAUCUUUCUUCUGUGGAAAUGGAAGAGUCAAAGCUUCAAGAGACUAAUGAUGCUUCAGUGCCAUCUGAUAUUUCAGCUCGUAUUUCCUUCACAGCACGACGGUUUGCUGAGAAAGCAUUCUUGCAUGGUAAAUGCUGGCAAGGCCACAAGUUGCAGUUUAUGUGGCUGACAUCUACUAGUUCUGGGAAGGAAGGUGGUGCCGCUGGAAAUCUUUCAUCUUCGCCUAAUAUGACAUCAGAUGCUAAGGUUCAGCCUACUGGAGAGGAUGCAUCCAUGCAUUCUCAGAAAAUUUCUGGAAAAGAAGGUGCUAUUUCUGGAAAUCUUUCGUCUUCUUCCAAUACGAUAUUAGAUUCUAAUGUUCAGCCUAGCGGAGAAGACGCCUCCACCCAUCAGCAGGAGAUUGCCGCCUCAGAAACUGGUGAACCUGACCACCCAGCAACAGAAGUUGAUGCAGAUUCCACUGAACAGGACAAAGAUGCUAAAUCUUUUUCAACCUCAUUUUAAAGCAAAAAGCAGCUUUCUUGAAGCUCUUGGACCCUCCACGAUGCUUGUUGAGUUGUACAGUGAGGUAAAAAUGAUUUUCAAAAUUAAAUACAAUUCAUAUGGUCUAGCUAUAGCUAAAUUCUGGUUUCAGCCUUAUAUUUCCCAUUUUUGCGAUAUGUAAAAAGAAAUCUCUGAUUUUCAACUCUUUUCUGUUAUUACCUUCAACUUGUAUUGUUUUGUGUUCCUUUCUCUAUUGAUAUUUCUAGGAACAAGGAGUAGAAUUGAAAAAAUUCGUUCCGUACUUUGGAACAUUGAGCCUCCGGUCUGCUGUUUUUACAUUGUGGAAUUAUUUAAACAACUUGCUUUCACAUGUUAUAACAGUCUUGGCUUCAAUGUUACUUCUGCUUUUUGGA